AUGGCAAGUUUUUAUCCAAACAGUAUGUAUGGCAAGUUUUUAUCCAAACAGUAUGGCAAGUUUUUAUCCAAACAGUAUGGCAAGUUUUUAUCCAAACAGUAUGGCAAGUUUCUAGCCAAACAGUAUGGCAAGUUUUUAUCCAAACAGUAUGGCAAGUUUUUUAUCCAAACAGUAUGUAUGGCAAGUUUUUAUCCAAACAGUAUGGCAAGUUUUUAUCCAAACGGCAAGUUUUUAUCCAAACAGUAUGGCAAGUUUUUAUCCAAACAGUAUGGCAAGUUUUUAUCCAAACAGUAUGGCAAGUUUCUAGACAAACAGUAUGGCAAGUUUUUAUCCAAACAGUAUGGCAAGUUUUUAUCCAAACAGUAUGGCAAGUUUCUAGACAAACAGUAUGGCAAGUUUUUAUCCAAACAGUAUGGCAAGUUUUUAUCCAAACAGUAUGGCAAGUUUCUAGACAAACAGUAUGGCAAGUUUUUAUCCAAACAGUAUGGCAAGUUUUUAUCCAAACAGUAUGGCAAGUUUUUAUCCAAACAGUAUGGCAAGUUUUUAUCCAAACAGUAUGGCAAGUUUUUAUCCAAAUAG